ACAUGGCUUGUUCUGCUCUGCUUCUUUCUUCUUUCACAAGGGCAACCAAAUAAAGAUUGUCUGUCGAUCAUCUGAACCUCAGGAGCCAUGGGGAACACCAGCAGCGAGCGUUCUGGAGUGGAGCGCCAGGGAGGCCAUAAGACCCCUCGAAGAGACAGCCCUGGGGGAACAAAGGAUGGAGACAGGCCCAAGAUUCUGAUGGACAGUCCGGAAGAUGCUGACUUGUUCAAUGCAGAAGAAAUAAAAGCUCCGAUGGAGAAAGACGAAUUCCUGGCUUGGCAACAUGAUAUGGAGGUGAAUGACAAAGCUCCCACUCAAGCCCAGCCAACUGUAUUCCGCUGGACUGGCGGAGGCAAGGAAGUUUAUUUAUCCGGCUCCUUUAACAACUGGAGCAAACUCCCACUGACCCGGAGCCACAAUAAUUUUGUAGCAAUCCUCGAUCUUCCAGAAGGUGAACACCAGUACAAGUUCUACGUGGAUGGUCAGUGGACUCACGAUCCUUCAGAGCCUGUUGUCACCAGCCAGCUAGGGACUGUCAACAAUGUUAUUCAGGUGAAGAAAACAGACUUUGAAGUCUUCGAUGCUUUAAUGGUGGAUUCCCAAAAGUGCUCCGACGUGUCCGAAUUGUCAAGCUCACCACCUGGACCGUAUCACCAGGACCCAUACAUCAUUAAGCCUGAAGAGAGGUUCAAGUCCCCCCCCAUUCUUCCUCCCCACCUACUGCAAGUCAUCCUGAACAAAGACACUGGAAUUUCCUGCGAUCCUGCCCUGCUUCCUGAACCAAAUCACGUCAUGCUGAAUCACCUCUACGCACUGUCCAUCAAGGACGGAGUGAUGGUUCUGAGUGCCACCCACCGUUACAAGAAGAAAUAUGUGACAACGUUGCUAUACAAGCCCAUAUGAAGGAGGGAAAGGAAAGUGGACUGGCCAAAGAGCAGCGGAAUCGCAACCCAAAUUAUCCCCCCCAAGGCAGCAGCACCCUUGCUGUUAAACUGUAAAAAAAAGAGCCCCACGUGGUUGAAUUGGUGCCUUGCUGGCCCUCUCCUUUCCUCUUCUUCUGAUCAAGACAGGCUGGCUCUGGGUUUGUCAAUGAAGCAGUAAGCUUCUUCCUGCUAAUUCCUAGCUGCCUGCAGGGAAAAAAUGAAGGGCAGCCAAACUAUGCAGUGCAGUUAGCCUUGGAAAUGAAACAAAUUCUUCAGCACAUCCCACACACAAGCCAGAAGACUGCUGCUGGAAUGGAGGGGGAGGGGGCUUGAAUUGGUUGUUCCUGAAAGUGGCUUACUUGUGUAAUCCUAAAUUAUUGUGUCGCUUUCCAGCCAAACCUGUCCUGUCUGCCAUUUCACGUUUUCAGUUAAUGAUCACAGUAGCAAUAAGGACCAAAGAGGGGGAGACUGCCCACUCUCUCCAGUGGUGCUUUUAGCCAAGUAAACAUCGAUGGUUUUGUAACUGCCUGGGUCCUCAGCAAUCAAAGCAGCUUGUUCCUUGGAAUAAUCAAUGGCAGCAUCCACUCCGGAAGCAGCAGCUUACGUCCGCCUGCCUUGUAGUUGGUAUUUACCCUGUUCAGAAAUUAGUUUUAAUAAAUAAAGUAACAGUGG